CGAGACUUGCCUAAAGGUUUCUCACGGUUUACAAUGUUGUCACCAUGUUGUGUUUAAAAUAUUCCGUCUCAAGCGCUGGAAUCGGGUCCGGGGGACGUCCACCGCGUCUUCCUGGAUCGGACCGUUUUACUUCCUGCUUCGUGUCUGUGUCGUGUUACGAUGCGGCGCAGCAGUAGAACUCUGACAUGGACGCUUUUCCACGUGUUCCUCGGUCGGACUGACUCACGUGUCUGCCAUGUUUGUUUAUUCUCCACUUUUCAUGUUGUUUAGUGAACAGAAUUAUAGGACCACCUUCUCCCAGAAGGAAACGCCAAGCUUCUUUAAAAAAUAAAUAAAUUAAUCAGAAUAUCUCGUGUGACUGUGACGGACGACUGGAUAAAGCUGGGGAGCAACACAGCACUGUGUGUGUGGAAUAUCUCAGUAUUUUAUAUAAACCUACGGGCGAAUAUACUUUCACCUCGGACCCUUCAGCAGGUCUUCCUCCAGUCAUACGGAUGCUUUCUAAUAGAUAAACUGUGCCAUGUCAUCGGCAGGUGCUUUUCAGAAAAAAAACAAUAAUCAGUGAGAAGCUGGAGCUCUGCAUGUCACCCAGUCUGGUUUUGUUGUACCAGUUUUCUGUAACUCUCCUCUGUUAAAAAAAAAAUCUCAUUCUAUAAACCGGACACUGUACAUUACACUGGACUUUACAGUAAAAGAGUAUAUUUGUACCUAACUUGUACAUAGAGAAAGAACACACUGAAAACAGGACCAAAACCUGCUUGCUGAGGUCUCUGCAUGGAUUCUGACCCGAGACCAGGCCACUGGCCCUGACCACAACACAGCUCCAAUAAACAAGAGUCCAGACCCUUCAUGACUGCUGAUCUGUGUUUCAGUCAGAAAUGUGGAAGAGGUACGAGGAGAGACGGAACAGAGCUGUAUUUCUGCACAGAUUUGAUCAGAUCAUCAGAUUCGUAAAAAUAGAUAAACCUGAUUUAAACCAAACCAUGACUGUGUGUACAUUUAUUUAUUAUUUACAGUUAUAAAUAUCUCUCUAUCCAAUAUUAAAAAUCUUUCUUGGAAAUAUUAAGUGAAGCUGCAGGUUCAUUUGUUCAGAUGUUUCAGUCAGGUGAAGGUUUAGCAGAUCUUUCUAGAACAUAAACCCGAGUCUUCACUGAGGUCUGGGCUUCAGGUUCAGCUUCCUGGAAGUCUGAUCUCUCGGGUCAGGGCAGGAAGUCCGGCAUCACCGCUGAGUUGAAGUGGUUUUGGAAUGGGGCAGAGUUCCUCCAGUUUCUUGGGACAUUUGGAUGAAAUUUUAAGCAAAGGUUCUUUUACAACCAAUAUAUUUACAGUUGAAUAUUUCUGCUCAAUAAAUAAAUGUACACCCUGUAAUGUUUGGGUUUUUUCUCCCUAUUUAGUUGAGGAUGAAGAUCUGAUCACAUUUAAGGUGAAAUUUAUGCAGAAAUACAGAAAAAAUGGUAGCAGCUCUGUAACUAGCAUUUAUACAGCAGCUGAUGAGAGAAAACUGUUAGUCUAAUAUAUAUACAGGUAUAUAUAUAAUAACAGAAGUCUGAUGGUGUUUUCUCAAGUCUGUUUCCCUGAUUAAAUGUUGUUGGACUGCGUAAUGUUUGACUCCAUGAGCAGAGGUGCGAGAAUAUUAGUUUAAAAAGCACCAACUGAAGAAGCGCUGUUUCUCUAGGGUGGCUCAGUGGUAAAGCUCAGGGGCAGUAAUCAGAAGAUCAGGGGUUCUGUCCACCACCAACCUGCCACUCAGGCCCUUGAGUAAGGCCCUCAACUCUCUGGGUUCUCCGGCACCGUAUCAUGGCUGACCUGAACGACAGCGUCCAAACAAGCUCGGCUAUCUAAAGGAAACUUCACUGUGCCGUAACGUAUCGUAACAAAUAAAAGCUUGUUCUCUGUUUCUGUAGGACAGCAGGGAACAGAUGAAUGACGUGUCAGUGUUUGGAGGCUUUUUGUGUAGACGUCUGUGUGUAAAUGAUCUGGCUGCAGUCAGCAUUACUGACAUCCAGCCAACUCCGAGUCCCAAAAUAACCCGGUUCCCCGGGAGUGUGUUCCAGCCUGAACGCUGUGGAUCUGCACCUUCAAGCUGAACAGCAACGCAGACACGGAUUUCUCCAGUCCUCUGAUCAUUAUUAUCAACUUCUCAGAUUUCAUCGCCAAGUUCAGCUCCAAAUGUCCUACAGAUCCAGAUAUAACGAUUCCCACUCCACGAAAACAGAGAUCGAUUUCACCUCGCCCGCUCUGGCGGUGAUGGGAGUCGAGCAGCUCCUUUUUGCCGGGAGAGCGAUCAACAGUCCUGCUAAUGAGGUCUGGCCCAGACUUUAUAUCGGAGACAUGGAUUUUGCAGAGAAUCGUGCAGGGCUUCGCAGACAAAACUUCACUCACGUGCUGAACUGUGCUCACAGCUCCAGGAGAGGCGAUGACUUUUACUCUGGAAUGGGAAUCACGUACCUGGGCAUCGAAGCCCACGACUCCCCUGCCUACGACAUGAGCGUCAACUUUAAUACAGGAGCAGAGUUCAUUCAUAACGCACUUAGGACAGGAGGUAAAAUCCUGGUGCACUGCCACGUGGGUGUGAGCCGCUCGGCCACCAUCGUCUUGGCGUAUCUGAUGCUGAAGCACAACAUGACCCUGGUGGAGGCCGUCAACACGGUUAAACAGGGGAGAGGGAUCAUCCCCAACCGGGGCUUCAUCCGACAGCUCGUCGACCUGCAUGUCAAACUGUACGGCUAUAGAUCCUGACCGCAUGACCAUCACAACACCUAGGGGUUCACGAGAGACCCUAGGGGAAUGAGAUAAAGGUGGUUUGCCAUCAUACCUAAUGGAAAACAUUAUGUGCAUUAGACACUGUUGUUAACUUCUAAGACAGUGGAAGGUUAUGGAGAGGUGCAGGAUGAUGCUGAUGUUAACAGCUGUGUUUUAUAAUGUUUAUAAAUAAUGGUCAGUUUUAUUGUAUUGAAAAUCAGUAAUGUGUAAAAAAAGCAAACGUUUUUUUCUUUACAUGGUGUGAAACUCAUUAAAUAUUUUCUUAUUAAAGAACUA